AGUCAUCUCAUACAUAAUUUGAAAUAAUGCACUGUAAACACGGAGUACUUAUCGUUAUCUACAUUAUCGUUAGAAAACGACACGAAUAUUAUGGACACCAGUUCAGUAUUUAUCAGGGGUUUUUUCAUUUGGAUAAAUAACAUUUACACAGUCAUCAUUAGCCGGUCUAUUUACGUGUUUUUGAUAAGUUCUAAGCGGUUUACUUGAUAUUAUUAAAAUGUGCUAGCCGCUUCAUGAUAGAGUGCGCAUGGAAAAAUCUUAACAUCUUAAUUGUGCCUAUCAUUGUAAUUAUUUCAUUAGAACGUUUAUUUAAAAUAUAUUUAUUAUUGUCGACAAGUCGCAUACGGUAUUGUUCGUGUGUAUGUUUAUAUAUAAAAUCAACAGUAUAAUAAUAUUAUCAUCAUCGCUGUACCGUCAUUCGGAUUGACGUUGUGAUUCCGUUGUGUUUAACUUGAAAUAAACGCCAGACUCAAAAUGGCGGAAAUCACGAGAACUAAACCGGUGAUUUAUAAUUUUGGAGCAGAAGGCCGAGAAGCCUGUUGGUCCGCUUUGACUAGCUCUAUGAACAGAUUUCAAAAACCACCGAAAAAAAUUAUUCCUCCAUUAAACUUAAUGAGUGACAAUUCACAUGACUCUUCAAGUAGUGAAAUUGAAGAAGAAUGCCAAGAUGACACAACAACAUCAUCCAAUUCUGACGUGGCGAGAAAGCUUGGAAAGUCUGGUAGAGAUAACAAUGAUCAUCUUGUUUCACAGAAACGACACAGGUUUACCAAACAUUCAAGUUGGUCGAUUAAAAGCAGACAGUCCUUCCGACAGCACUACAAACAAUUGCAGCAGCAGACGCCGGUUCCUAUGUCUGAAUCACAACGGCCUCCAACUCCAGCAACGCCCUUAGCGUCAAUUAAUGACCACGUAAUUCCCAAGUGUGAUCAAAUCGACUGCUGGCCCAAAGACACGCCAUUUGAUACCGAGCACAUCAACAUAAACAACAACACGAUAAAUAACAAUAACAGCUACUACAACGACGAUGUUAAAUUGAAGAAAUCAUUUAUACACCCCGUUGAAACCAGCCAAGAUGUUAUACCUGUGGUUGAGCACAUAAUCAUUGAAAAACAGUUGCUCAGUAUGGCCGACGCUAACCCUGAAGACCCGUCAUCGCCAUUAUCAGUAGCCACCAUAGUCAAUGGUGACAACGAUAAUGACGAUAACGAGUCAUCGACUGUCUUUACUGACGCUCCACAGCCAACUGAUAGCAACAAAAAUUACUGCAUGGGAUCAACAACACCACUUAGUAGUAUCAGCAGUGUAAGCAAACGGCAUACAAUGGAGUUAUUGGAAAAACAGUCUUUUAAGUAUGAUAGAAAAAUUAAAGAAAUAGACAACAACAUAGUAACUUUUUCCAAGUCAUUCUUGGGUACAGUACUGUUUGUUGUGCUCUUUCGUCUAUUGUUCUAAAAAUUAUGAUUGUCGUCAAACAGCAUUAUCCUCAAAUAUCGUUUGGGUAAAAUUUUCUUACGGCAUUCAAUGGAUUUUUCAAGCGCAUCAUUUUGCGUUUCCAAAAUAUCCAAUUAUUAUUCAGCCUAGGAAAAAUUUACACAUUCGACACGAAACAGAAAAAAACUCACAUGGCUAUAAUCAAAAUCAUUUUAUGUUUACCUCUGUGAUUUUUUUACUUUCCGUGGACCUUUUAAAAUCUUGCAUGUACAUUUAUUUGAAUAUUAUAUAUACAAAUCUUAUUAAAAAUAUUUUAUUCUUAUUAUAUCUUAUCUAUUAUAUAAUUUUGCUUAACCAAUAUAAAUAUCCUGAACUAUAUUAUUAUACUACUCUAUUUACCUUAAUUAUUUACUUUUGAUCAUAUCAUUUAUUAUAUAUAUAUAUAUUUGUUUAUACUCAUCGCUAAAACCAUGUAAAAUAUUGAUUUAUAGUGCGUAUUAUUGCAAUAAUUAUUAUUAGUUAUCAUUUUAUUUGUUUGAAUUAUAUAUAUUGUACAUUAGAUAGUAAUAGGUUUUAUCGUUUCAUUUAAAAAUGUUAUAAAUACAGGAUAAUAAUUUUAAUAACAAAAAAUGUUUACUGUAUAUUAUUGUGUUUAUAUGAUAAGACGCCCUUCUCAAUGAGAUAAUAUAGUAAUUUUUUUGUGAUUAACAACUUAUUUUCUGUAUGUAUAACACUAGCAACUAAUUUAAGCUGCUAAUAAAGUGCCUGUUACAUUCAUAAUGUUUUUGAAUAUUAUUAUCAUUAAUACUUUGUUAAUAUUCUUUAAAUAAAAAAAUUUUUAUGUACAAUAGCUUAAAGUAGUCUGCCUUAG